AUGGCGGAUGCGUCGGGUGAUGUUCAGAUACGAACGUAUUUCUCGUAUCCGGAACGCAUGUUUCCGCCGAUCGAAAACAACAAAUUGCCGACUGAACAAUUCCUGAGGGCAUGCCAGGGCAUCGCCGAUUUUGUUGGAUUUCUGGGUACCGCAUUCAUACCGGUCAAAAACGAUAUAGCUGGUAAUGUGGCGAAAGUUCGUUCGAAAUUUGACACUGAUAAAGUGAAAUUUAAGUAUAUUGAGGACUUGAUUGAUGACGAUCUCGCACAGAAUGGUGGUAAAUUAGGAUAUGCCACUGAGGGCUUACUCUGGUUGAAAAGAGGACUAGAAUUUAUGCUGGAAUUGUUAUCCGAAAUGGUGCGUGAGUAUCGUUCGAGUGCUGACAAACAAUCAACAGAGAGUUUAAUGGGUAGCAUCAAUAAAGCUUAUAUUACCACACUGAAACGACAUCAUGGUUUCGUUUCGAAACAGCUUUUUAAGGUUGUAAUCUUGGCUGCACCUUAUCGAAAGACGAUUUUGAAAGCGCUCGCCGAAGGACACGAAGGUCCGGACAUGGACGACAUCUGUAUCGAUCACAUUGAGAAGCAUUUGGAUAAUUUCCGCAUAAAUGUUGCACAUUUGGUCAACUAUUAUAUUGCCAAGAAACUCGAGACACCGAAUCCGUCCGAAACGUGCUUGUCUCAGUUGAACAAUUCGUCAUAA